CAAAUCGUGGCCGAUGCGGUGGUAGGCUGGGUAGGCUGCAAUCACGCAAGUGGCGAUUGUUGCGAUUGUUGGGUAAGGCGAGUGCAGGGAUCGACGGUGAAUGGCAAUGGACUUGAAGUCUCACGCGAUUACAUCAUUAUUAUGGAGUUUAUCGCAUCCCUUCCAAAUGUUUUUCUUGGUUUAUGCGCCGUGCUUCUGCUGUUGUACCUCCUUUCGGUGACAAACACUACCCUGGGAAUCCGAAAGCAGUACCUAAAGUUUCUUCUCAAACUGUUUGAGUAUGGACGCAUCAAAAUCGAACGAGCCAAUCGACAGCGCCUCAUGCGAGAGGAGAGCAUUGACGACCUAACGACCUUGAACUCUGAACCGCCUGUCGACGCCACUUCAGUCAUUACAAGGGAUGAUGUUCUUGUGGGAGCUGAGCAGCCAAUAAUUGACAUUCCUUUCAAGGAGUACCACUUAGGAGAUAUUACCUAUUUUAUCAAGAAAGGCGUAGAGGCGAUCAUUGACGAUGUGGUGACCAAGCGGUUUGCGACUGAAGAGCUGCCCUCUUGGAAUUUGCUGACAAGAACAAACAAAAACUACACUUUUGUCAGCUUUCGGCUCACCGUCAUCUGGUGCAUCGGUUGCAUACUUCGUUACGUCUUCCUUUUCCCCAUGAGGGUGGCACUGACAUGCGUUGGUAUGCUCUGGCUCAUUUGCUGCACCGCCAUUCUGGGAUACUUCCCCGAGGGCCGGUUCAAGCGAUUUCUCUACUGGCACAUCAGCCUGAUCACCUUCCGAAUUCUGUCGCGGGCAGUGUCGGCAAUUGUCACCUACCACAAUAGAGAGAAUCGGGCCAAGCCCGGUGGCAUCUGCGUUGCCAACCACACGUCCCCCAUUGACGUGGCCAUGCUGGCUAGCGACAACUGCUACGCUUUGGUGGGGCAGACGCAGGGUGGAUUCAUUGGCGUCAUUCAGACAGCGCUCAACAAGGCCGCUUCCCACAUCUGGUUUGAGCGAGCCGAGAUCAAGGACCGGCAGGCAGUUGCAAAACGGCUGCGAGAGCAUGUGGAAGACCCGACCAAGCUGCCCAUCCUCAUUUUCCCUGAAGGCACGUGCAUCAACAACACCUCGGUGAUGCAGUUCAAGAAGGGCAGCUUUGAGGUGGGCGGUACAAUCUACCCGGCAGCCAUCAAGUACGACGCCCGUUUUGGCGACGCUUUCUGGAAUAGUAGCAAGCAGAAUUACAUACACUACCUGGCAAUGAUGAUGUCGUCGUGGGCCAUCGUCUGCGAUGUCUGGUACUUGCCGCCCAUGAGAAAAAAGGACUCGGAGUCAUCGGUGGAGUUUGCAAACCGGGUCAAGUCCAAGAUUGCGGAGCAGGGCGGCCUCCUGGACCUGAACUGGGACGGGUCGCUCAAACGCUCGGACGUCAAGCGCGAGUGGAAGGAGCAGCAGCAGAAGGACUUCAGCCAACGCCUCAAGCUCAUGUGAGCCCGGGGCACUCGGCAGUGUGUACAUAGCGUCCCCAAUAUCGAUUCCCGUGUACUGGGCCCCCUUCCCGAGUGGCACGCCAGAGACAGUGGCUCAGAAGAUGAUAGUUUAUUAUGUGGAAAGGAGUAUGUACAAUCAUUGUGAUCUGUUCCGUACUCAGGCCCUGUAUAUACCGCCUUUUGACAUUUGGUGUAGCUUUCUAGACAGGUUUUGUUACGACUGCUCUCAUGUUCGCUCUAAAAACUGUGAUAACAUGUUGGCCUUUUAAGUAAGCCGAAAAGGUUUGUCGAGGUGUCGCUCUCAAAAUGAGACGCAAAAAAAAAGUUGUGCUAUGUCUGAAUACCUCAAUAAAGUUAAGUUCUUGAUGUUAAAAAAA